AUGCCUUCGCGUUUCGAUCAAGGUACAGUAGGUACCGGCUAUAGCAGCAUUCACUCGGCCGAUGCCUUCGUUGGCGACUAUCAAGUCAUGUACACGCCCGGUAAUUCACCUCCAAGCCAUCGACCUCAGAAAAAAUCGACGCGCUUCAGUAGAGCAGUGUCCUCCAAGUCACAGCACAGCCAGUCCAUCAUGCUACCAACGAAUAUUCCCAACACCUCCCAAAUCCUCGCCGACAAUGGCUCCCUACCAAACGUCCAGAUUCACUACACGAUCCCGGCCGACGAAAAACAAAUUGUCGCUUCUCUGCGCACCCUCCAGCGUGACUUGAAUGAAGCUAUGAAUACUAUCAACACUUUGACCCGCGAACGCGACGAAGCCCUUCUCGAGCUUAGGAUGCUUCAAGCUACGUCCAAGAAAUCCACCACUCCAGCCAGCAAAAACAAGAACUCUGCACGUGUGGAGGAAGAACUCUUCGACCUCAGCCGCUCGCUAGAUUCUCCUAAGAGGUCCCCAGCAAGACGCACUUCCACCAAAAGCGGUGCUCCAGAGCCGCAACAAGACCACGCUGCGAAAACAACCGACUCGAACGAUGCACGAGUUUUGUCCCCUGUCGCCGUCAACCGCCCGGCCUCACCUGUCUUGGAGAGAAGAACCGCGUCACGUUUUGGGGACAAACACAAGAAACCUGCCCUCAACGACACCGAGAACAGCAUGAUGGAAGACCCGACCGCGGCCUCUAAUACAUCCCGCCGCCGCCGCCGUGUCUCUCUCGACGAGAACAUGACGUCGGCAUACAUCAUACCCGACAUCACCGUCAGCCAGCCGAUCAAAGAAGCAAAGUCACAAACCCGUCCCAAUGUUUCAAAGGAAGCCCAGAGCGUUCUACACGGGCACGACCCGGAACACAUUGAGCACUGCGUAGUCUGCCGACGUCUGACUGCCACAAAGAAGACGACAAAGCAAGUCACUCAUGCUGUCCCUUUGGAGAAUGACCGUGCUGUGUCUCAACCUCGAGCCCGUACCCAGUCAACCCAGCCUGAAGAUGAGGACGAUUCCGAGUUCGGCCUGGACCAAGAGGUUGGAUUUAAGAACUCCAAGAAGGAUUUCACCGCGCAAAUCACGCAGCUCAUGAAGAACGUGAUGCUUGAAGAACCUACUCUCCGACCCAAACUCAAUCCUCAUCACGCCCUCGCUAACGUCAAAAAACUUCUAACGGACCAAUUUCUCGAGGCCAAGCGCAAACACGCCGCGGCAUGGCAAAAGUAUGAUGCGAUUGAUGCACCUCUGCACAGCAAGAGACACGCAGCUGCAGGCGAGGAGAUGCUGUAUUGGUCAACAAAGAUGGAGCAGUGUCGUGUGAAUCUAGAUCAAUUACGUGACGUCGAGGAAGGCAUGAGGACUGAAGACUGA